UCGUGCGCCGUCGACGCGAUGCGCACGCAGUUGGACUAGCAGAGAGAGUGCCGGCGGUGCGCAUGAUCCCCUUUGUGUUAUUUUCGGCGAAAUAUCGCUCGCGAGAGAGGAGGACAGGCAAUAGAGAGAGAGAGAGAGAGAAGGAGUGCGCACGAGUGAAGCUUUAAAUAGGACCGGGCCGGGUGACGAGGAAGCCAGUUCGUUUAAACGAUUCCGUUACUUUGCACGCAUGUUGGAGCACCGCACUAUCUUCGACAUGCCGGCCGAGUGCAUCGCCAAUCCGCUCCAGCGGGAACUGGCAGACUCGAUAAUCCGCAUGCAGCCGCUGGACGAGAUCCGCAUCCUGUUGGCCUGCGGCGCCAAGCCGAACGAGCCGGUGACCCAGGGCCUGAGGCCGCUGCAUUACGCGGUCUGGCAGCGCUACACCGACGCCGCUCAGCUACUGCUCGUACGUGGAGCGGACAUUGACGCGACCGACGAGUGCGGCUAUUCGGCCUUGCAUCUCGCCGCCGAACACGGCUAUCACGAGCUGGUCAAGCUGCUGCUCAAGUGCGGCGCUAAGGUCGAGCAUAGGGAGGAUACGCCCGAACCCUUUCCCAGAACGAUGCUGUGCGACGAGCCACUUCGACUGGCCCUCCGCAACCACCACAUCGACGUGGCGAAGACGCUGUUGGAGGCUGGGGCCAAUCCCAACAAGCGCUACUUCUUCGGCUCCGAGAUCAAUCUCGUCUCGCCUCUCGAUCUCGAGUGUAUGGAAUUGCUGCUGGCUUUCGGUGCCCAUCCCAAUACCAGGGAUCGCGCGGGACUCACGCCGCUCAUGAAAGCUGCCCGAUUACCACAGAAAGUGUUAGCUUUCGAAAAGUGGUACAACAAUGCCUUCUCGAUGUUCAGCGGACCGGCCGAACUUUUACUUGGCUCCACUCGCGAGGUCGCUAGGCGUCGUGCCGCCGGCGGUGCAGAAGGUCACGCCACGGAAUUAGGCAUAUCGUCGGUUCUGCUGCUGCUCAGUUACGGAGCGGACGUGAACGCGAUGGCUGACGCUCGUCACGACUACCGCACGGUUCUCCACUACGCUAUACUCGGCGGCGACCCCCAGGUCAUCAACCUCUUGCUGAAACAGGGCGCCAGCCUGGAUCUCGGAGCCGAUUAUCAGAAACCCACCGCACUCGAUCUCGCCAUACUCAAGGGCGAUCCGUCGAUCGUUGAGAUGCUGCUCGAAGCUGGCGCCGACGUGAACGCCACGUCGCCGAUAAUCGGUUCGCCCCUCCACGUCGCCUGCGCCGACAACAUCCCUAACCGGCUGGAGAUCCUGAACAUGUUGCUGGAACGAGGCGCCGAUCCGAACCUCGUGAUCCGCAGCGAAGAGGGUCUCUCCCUUCGUCCAGUCCUCGCGGAGUACGUGGCCUCGAACGAGAAUCCCGCGGUCGAGGUUGUCUCGCUCCUCCUGAAGUACGGCGCCAGAGUCGUGAUAAAAACGCAGUUCCGCGACCCACACGGGAUCCUCAAUUCGCUACAGAACACCGCGGACAAACCGAGACUCCUGCAAGCUCUGCUCGACGCUGCGGAGAGCUUUGACCCCUGUAUGAUCCGCAGAUCGUCAAGUCUGACCGACGCUCAGAAGGCUCUGGUCAUGGAAGCCGCCAGGACACCUUUGCCCCUGACUCAUCAAGCUCGGCUCAUCGUGCGCAAGAUGUGCGGUCCAAAGCUCACCAAAGUCGUCACCAGGCUUCAGCUGCCGCAGAGCCUUCAUCGAUACCUGCUCUAUGACUUUUACUGAGACCUCCGUUGGAAUAUUACACGUGUAACUAUAUAUACCGCACUGAUUAUCCUUAUCUUAUUCACGUAUGUAUAACACGCACUUUUUCUAUAUAUAUGAUGAUGAUGAUGACGAUGACGAGGAUCGUUUCGAUCGUCCGUUUUUCGUAUACUCUUUGUCAGCUCGUGCGCGUCUAUUAUGUACUUUUAUCGAUGCCAAAAAAACAUCCGUCUCAUUUGCUUUUAGAUAUUGUGAUACCCGAGCGAAUUAUUUACGCGCAUAGAGCGAAUUAGCGAGAUAUAUAAUUAUGUAGCGAGUAUACACUGAAAAAAAAAACAAAAAAAAAACACAGUCGUUUCUGCUGUAAAGUCCGGUAGUUUUAACCGUUCUGCCACCGUAACGACUGUUCAGCAAGAACAACGGUGAGCCACUGGUAGUUUUGGCGAGUCGCGACUCGUAAAAUUGGUCGCUUACGCGGGACACACCAGCAAAAACGACCGAACUGAUUCUUUAAAACUGCUGAACACUACGGUAAUCUUGGCGAGUCUUCGUACAAUGACGGAUUACUGGUGCGAGUUCAGUUAAAAUGACUGUGUCUUUUUUUUUCAGUGUAUGCAAAGUUGAUACGGCGCCUGACGCGAUUGUGUGAUUUGUUCGGUUUCGUGCAGCGUCGUCAAAAGCGUCGUUCUGUACUGACCCUAGUAUUAUAUACUAUAUACGAUAUAUUGUUAUUAUUAUUAUUAUCAUUAUUUAUAUUAUUCGUAUUGUAUUCGGCAUUAUACAUAUUUAACGAGUAGUUUUACGACUUUUCCAAAGACCAGAGCUUUGUCGAAAUUGUGCGUUAUUUCGUGUAACGCCAAGUCGAGACAAAAUAUUGACGCAUAUAUGUAACAGUCAUUUUGUACCUAUUUGUAUGUACAAUAAACAUGUAUUGAAUACGUUCGUACUACAAGACAAACAACAGUAUUUGAAGAAUAAAAAUAAUCGUGAACCCA